CUUAGCUCGCGCGCCACACUCCUUCCUUCCGGCCCCGGUCCGGGGUGGUGGCGGGUUCCGGCCGUUUGACCCGCGCACAGGAGCCGCCAGCACCGGAAUGUCCCCUGCUGAACUGCAAGCUUUUUUUUUUAGGUCAGGCUAGCGGGCCAGUGAGCUCUGGGGAUUCACUUAUCUUCACCCCCUAAUGCUGGAUUGCAGGUGACAGCUGUUGGAGGCGGGAGCUUGGUGACCAGUUGGCCUGCUCUCCAUGGAGGACGGAGGUCCACCUGUUUUUGCUGAGGACUGGAGAUACUUGUCUGGGAGUCCUCCUGCCCAGGAAGGUCCAGCUACCCAGGCCUCCUCUGAGCUCAGCAAGUCACUCUCCAUAGCCCAUAGACACCUGAGCAGGAAGAAUGGGCUUUCUAGACUUUGCCAGAGCCGGAUGGCACUUUCUGAGGACAGGUGGAGCUCUUACUGUCUCUCAUCACUGGCUGCCCAAAACAUUUGCACAAGCAAACUGCACUGCUCUGCUGCGGCUGAGCAUGCCGACCCUGCCGCCGCCGCCGGGCCACUGGGCAGCACUUCUUGCUGCUCCUUGCUACGUGGCCUGGCUUCAGGGUGCUCUGCACCCCUGCUCUCCACUCCUGUGUGCAACCCCAACAAGGCUGUCUUCACCGUGGAUGCCAAGACCACAGAGAUUCUGGUUGCCAAUGACAAAGCCUGCAGCCUCCUCGGGUAUAGCAGCCAUGACCUGAUUGGCCAGAAGCUUGCACAGUUCUUUCUCAAGUCCGAUUCUGAGGUGGUGGAAGCCCUCAGCGAGGAGCAUGUGGAGGCUGAUGGCCAUGCUGCAGUGGUGUUUGGCACAGUGGUGGACGUCAUCAGCCGGAGUGGGGAGAAGAUUCCAGUCUCUGUGUGGAUAAAGAGGUUACAGCAGGAACGGGGCUUGUGCUGUGUAGUGGUUCUGGAGCCUGUGGAGAGGGUCUCAGCCUGGGUUGCCUUCCAGAGUGAUGGAACUAUCACAUCAUGUGACAGUCUCUUUGCUCAUCUCCAUGGGUUCACAUCUGCAAAGGAUGUAGUUGGGCAGUGUGUCACAGACUUGAUUCCAUCUAUGCAGCUCCCUCCUCCUGGCCAACACAUCCCAAAGAGUCUCAAGAUUCAAAGGUCCGUUGGGAGAGCCAGAGAUGGUACCACCUUCCCUCUGAGUCUGAAGCUCAAAUCCAAGCCCAGUGGAAAGGCUGUAGCUGACAGUGAGGCUGCUUCUGAACCAGGUUACCAGGCAUCUGUGUGGGUGUUCUGCACCAUCAGUGGCCUCAUCACCCUCCUGCCUGAUGGCACAAUUUAUGGUGUCAACCACAGCUUUGCACUAAGGUUGUUUGGUUAUGGGAAGACUGAGCUCCUGGGUAAGAACAUCACUUUCCUGAUUCCUGGUUUCUACCACUACAUGGACCCUGCAUAUGACAGUUCUGUACAGCUGCCAGAUCUUGUCGACUGCCUGGACCUUGGCAGUAAGAGUGGGCCUGGGGAGAUGAGCUCCGAUGCCCAGCAGGACUGGGACCUGGCCAGUGGGGCCCAGGAUCCAAGGGUAGAUGUGGUGUUGGCCCGUGACCCCAUGCUGUCACAAGAGGAGACCUUGAAGCUGGUAGGAGGACAAGUCUCCCUUAGGACUCAGACACCGUUGGAAACUGGAUGCCAGAUACUUCCUUCUUACUCGUCUCAGUCUUCCCUGGGGGUGGACAGCAACCCAGUUUAUGGUGAGCAUUCAUUGCCCACAGACCAUCAAAGCAUUCCAAAGAGAAACCUGCUAGCUCAUGGUGGACAGUUACUGUCUCAGAACCAGCCAGACACUCCAGAAGUAUCCCCUCCAGUCCUUAAUGAACAUUUAUUGUCUGAGAUUCAGAAAAAUACCUCAGAAGAAAGCCCACUAACCCAUAGGAAAUGGUUAUUGCCCAAGGCCCAGCAAGACGCCGCGAAAGGAAGCCUGCCGAUCCACGACGAGCAGUUACUACCUGCAGGCCAGCAUGUCAAUGUCUUGGGGAAGGAGAACCCUUCAGCAGCAGAGAGCUACAGGAAGGGUCUGUUAGAAGAAAGCAGGUCCAAACCAAAGGAGGCCAAACUGUUUGCUCCACAGGAAGAUUCUGAGCCUCUGGUCCCAGCUAAGGACAGGAGCAGCAGCAUGGACGUGUGUAGUCUGCAUCAGGAAGCUCAGCUGGAACUGAUGGGCGUCAGCAGCCCCAGCAGUCCUAAGCCCUGGGCCGAUGCCACCAUGCCUGAGCCCCACACCACAGGGCAGCUGGCAGGAGGGGGCUUCCUGACACACUGCCCACAGUAUAAGAGCGAGUGGCUCUUACAGCAGCGAGGCCAGGACUUGGCUCCCAGCCCCUCUGGAAUGGCAUGUGUCUUGCUUGGGACACCCACUCUGGAUGAACCAUGGUCAGGAGUGAGAAAUGACCGAGAAGAGCUGCAGACUUGCUUGAUCAAGGAGCAGUUGUCCAAGUCGAGCUUUGGGGGAACUCUGGGCAUCUCCUGUGUGGAGCUUGUUCCAGCAGAACAUCCUCCUUUCACUGGCCCUGUGUCCUUCUGCGAUCUGGGAGGCCGAGACCUACAUGCUAGCCACUUAGGCAGCUCCUCCGCCUGCUAUGCUUUAGCCACCGACCUCCCUGGUGUCCUGGAGGCAGUAGAAACCCAGGAGACUGAUGUGAAUUCUUACUCCUGGAACCUCAGGGAGCUCUUUCUCAAUGACCAGACAGACAGAACUCCAUCACAUUGUUCCUGUACCACAUCUGAACUCAGCGAGACACCUUCUCCUUCAGUGGUGGGCUCAGAUUUAGAUGUGGGUGUUGUGCACAGGCAGAGUUCAGAUAUUCUAGGUGACCGAGAGAUGUUGCUCCUGACUGGCACCUAUUUUGACCUUGGCGAAGGCAGACAGUUACAGGAGAUGGGCGCAGAACAUGAUCGAGCAGAACUGUAUGAUGUUUCUUUGGUAUCCUCUGAACACUGUGAAACUAGUGACAUAGAAAGCCCAGGCUGUGGCCCUCCCAUACCAGAUCCUGGUUCUGAUGGUAUGUGCCUAUUCACAGAGAAGCCCAGGCUGAGUGCCCAGGUCACUUCCACUCCUAUGGCACCUGGGGUCUCCAGCCUGCAGCCGGAGAUCCAGGAGGGCAUCUACUCUGGAAGCUGCUACCACCGCGAUGGCUUACGACUGAGUAUACAGUUUGAAGUGAAGCGCGUGGAGCUCCAGGGCUCUGCAACCCUGUUCUGCUGCUGGCUGGUGAAGGACCUCCUACAUAGCCACCGGGCCUCAGCCACCCGAACCCGCCUGCUCCUUGCCAGCCUGCCUAGCUCUACCCACUCCAUGCCUGACCUCUCUGGAUCCAGCUUUGGAGAGGUGCUUAGAGCCAAACCUUGGUUUGAGGAAUCCCCAAUACCCGCAGAGCUGGAGGGGCUGGCGGCCUGUGAGGGCGAGUACUCCCAUAAGUAUAGCACCAUCAGCCCACUUGGAAGUGGGGCCUUUGGCUUUGUGUGGACUGCAGUGGAGAAGGAGCACAAUAAAGAGGUGGUGGUGAAGUUUAUUAAGAAGGAGAAGGUUUUGGAGGAUUGUUGGGUUGAGGAUCCCAAACUUGGAAAAGUGACUUUGGAGAUAGCAAUUCUGUCCAAGGUGGAGCAUGCCAACAUAAUCAAGGUUCUGGAUAUAUUUGAAAACCAAGGGUUCUUCCAGCUAGUGAUGGAGAAGCAUGGCUCCGGCCUGGACCUCUUUGCUUUCAUUGACCGCCAUCCCUGCUUAGAUGAGCCUCUGGCGAGUUACAUCUUCCGACAACUGGUGUCUGCUGUUGGAUACCUGCGCUCCCAAGGCAUCAUCCACAGAGACAUCAAGGAUGAGAACAUUGUGAUUGCCGAGGACUUCACAAUUAAGCUGAUAGAUUUUGGCUCAGCUGCCUACUUAGAGAGAGGCAAACUAUUUUAUACUUUUUGUGGAACAAUCGAGUACUGUGCACCCGAAGUUCUCAUGGGAAAUCCCUACAGAGGGCCAGAGCUGGAGAUGUGGUCUCUGGGGGUCACUCUCUACACGCUUAUCUUCGAGGAGAAUCCCUUCUGUGAGGUGGAAGAGACCAUGGAGGCAGUCAUUCAUCCCCCGUGCCUGGUUUCCCAAGAACUUAGGAAUCUUCUGUCUGGGCUGCUGCAUCCUUCCCCUGAGCAGCGGACCACUUUAGAGAAGCUGAUCAUAGACCCCUGGGUGACACAGCCUGUGAACCUUGCUAACUACACCUGGGAAGAGGUGUGUCGGACCAACCACCCAGGAAGUGGCCUGUUGUCAGCUGCAAGUUUGGAGCUUGGGAGCAGGAAUCCAAGUGAAGUGGCUCACACGAAGGAUUUCGGUCGGCCUCCUGCUCCCAGGGAGGCUCCUGGUGACCAGCACUGCCUGCAUCUCGAGGACCCCUCUCUGCCAGUCAGCUGAAUGAAAGCUCUCUCCACUUGGUUUGGGAAAUUAUACGGAUUCAGGGCUUCCUACAUGGAGAAAGGAAAUUCUGAAGAAUUGGGAUGAAUUCCUCUUCUACAAAUUCUUGUGCAAGUGCAAACAAAAGUCUGCAAUACUAUAUAUAUUGGUUUUCAGUUUAUGAAAGACUUGUAAUUCACGUUUUUUUGUUUUUUGUUUUCUUUUUUAUAACCUUGAAAAAGCAUUCUAGUGUUCAAUUACUUUGUACAAUUAAAGGGCUUUAAGUUGUGAGCCUCAGAAAGACAAAAGGAGUAUUUUAAUUCUCUAUUUUUGUUCUUUUGUUCUUUGCUUUUAAGUUUUUGAGACAGGAUUUCACCAUGUAACUGUGGCUGGCCUUGAAGUUGUAGAGAUCUGCCUGUCUCCUGAGUGGUAGGAUUAAAGAUGUGUGGCACCAU